CGCGCAGCGGGGAGCUCAGGAAGUGCACUUGCUGCAACCGUUUCCUGCUCUUUGUGUGUGACACCGAGACAGGCGGCGGCAGCGAGAGGCGGCGGCUCCGGAGCAUCCCUCCCCGGCGGCCGCGACUGUCUCCUAACAUUGCCUGAAAAUCCAGAGCCAUGACCACUCACGUCACGCUGGAAGAUGCCUUGUCCAAUGUGGACCUGCUGGAGGAGCUACCGCUGCCAGACCAGCAGCCAUGCAUCGAGCCACCUCCCUCUUCCAUCAUGUACCAGGCUAAUUUUGACACAAAUUUCGAAGACAGAAAUGCCUUUGUGACCGGCAUUGCCAGGUACAUCGAACAGGCUACAGUGCAUUCUAGCAUGAAUGAAAUGCUGGAGGAAGGACAUGAGUACGCAGUGAUGCUUUACACAUGGAGGAGCUGCUCUCGGGCCAUUCCCCAGGUGAAAUGUAACGAACAGCCAAACCGGGUAGAAAUUUAUGAGAAGACUGUGGAAGUUCUGGAGCCAGAGGUCACCAAGCUGAUGAAGUUCAUGUAUUUCCAGCGCAAGGCUAUCGAGCGGUUCUGCAAUGAGGUGAAGCGCUUGUGCCACGCUGAGAGAAGGAAGGAUUUUGUCUCCGAGGCCUAUCUCCUGACGCUGGGGAAGUUCAUUAACAUGUUCGCCGUGCUGGAUGAGCUGAAGAACAUGAAGUGCAGCGUCAAAAAUGACCACUCUGCCUACAAAAGAGCUGCCCAGUUUUUGAGGAAAAUGGCUGACCCGCAGUCUAUUCAGGAAUCCCAGAACCUCUCCAUGUUCCUGGCGAACCACAACCGGAUCACACAGUGUCUGCAUCAGCAGCUGGAAGUUAUCCCUGGUUACGAGGAGCUGCUGGCAGAUAUUGUCAACAUCUGUGUGGACUACUAUGAAAACAAGAUGUACUUGACGCCCAGUGAGAAGCACAUGCUCUUAAAGGUAAUGGGCUUUGGUCUGUAUCUGAUGGAUGGGAAUGUCAGCAACAUUUACAAACUGGACACCAAGAAGAGAAUCAAUCUUAGCAAAAUAGACAAGUUCUUCAAGCAGCUGCAGGUGGUUCCUUUAUUCGGCGAUAUGCAGAUAGAACUGGCCAGAUACAUUAAGACCAGUGCUCACUAUGAGGAGAACAAAUCCAAGUGGACGUGCACUCAGAGCAGCAUCAGUCCCCAGUACAACAUCUGUGAGCAGAUGGUCCAGAUCCGAGACGACCACAUCCGCUUCAUCUCAGAGCUCGCUCGCUACAGCAACAGUGAGGUGGUCACCGGCUCGGGCCUGGACAGCCAGAAGUCAGAUGAGGAAUACAGGGAGCUCUUUGACUUGGCUUUACGGGGGCUGCAGCUGCUCUCCAAGUGGAGCGCCCAUGUCAUGGAAGUGUAUUCUUGGAAGCUGGUACAUCCCACCGAUAAGUUCUGUAACAAAGAUUGCCCAGGCACCGCUGAGGAGUACGAAAGAGCCACUCGGUACAACUACACCAGCGAGGAGAAAUUUGCCUUUGUGGAGGUAAUUGCCAUGAUCAAGGGUCUACAAGUGCUGAUGGGCCGGAUGGAGAGUGUCUUUAACCAGGCCAUCAGAAACACUAUCUAUGCAGCCCUGCAAGACUUUGCCCAGGUGACCCUCCGGGAGCCAUUGAGACAAGCAGUCAGGAAGAAGAAGAACGUCCUGAUCAGUGUCCUUCAGGCAAUCCGGAAGACGAUCUGUGACUGGGAGGGAGGUCGGGAGCCCCCUAAUGACCCCUGCCUGAGAGGCGAGAAGGACCCCAAAGGUGGAUUUGAUAUUAAGGUCCCUCGACGAGCAGUGGGUCCAUCGAGCACACAGCUUUACAUGGUGCGGACCAUGCUGGAGUCACUCAUCGCAGACAAGAGCGGCUCGAAGAAGACUCUGAGGAGCAGCUUGGAUGGGCCGAUAGUCCUGGCCAUUGAGGAGUUCCACAAGCAGUCCUUCUUCUUCACUCAUCUUCUCAACAUCAGCGAAGCCCUGCAACAGUGCUGUGAUCUAUCCCAGCUCUGGUUCCGAGAAUUCUUUCUGGAACUGACCAUGGGCCGCCGGAUCCAGUUCCCCAUUGAGAUGUCCAUGCCCUGGAUUCUCACGGACCACAUCCUGGAAACCAAGGAACCCUCCAUGAUGGAGUACGUGCUGUAUCCCUUGGACCUAUACAACGACAGCGCAUAUUAUGCCUUAACCAAGUUUAAAAAGCAGUUCCUAUACGAUGAAAUUGAAGCUGAAGUAAACUUAUGUUUUGACCAGUUUGUGUACAAGUUGGCAGAUCAGAUCUUUGCCUAUUAUAAAGCAAUGGCUGGCAGUGUCCUACUGGAUAAACGUUUCCGGGCUGAAUGUAAGAAUUAUGGAGUGAUUAUCCCUUACCCACCGUCCAAUCGCUACGAGACAUUACUCAAACAGAGACACGUCCAGCUGCUGGGUAGAUCAAUUGACCUGAACAGGCUCAUAACUCAGCGUAUUUCAGCUGCGAUGUACAAAUCAUUAGACCAGGCCAUUAGCCGCUUUGAGAGUGAAGACCUGACCUCCAUUGUGGAGCUGGAGUGGCUCUUGGAGAUAAAUCGUCUGACACACCGGCUGCUGUGUAAGCACAUGACUUUGGACAGUUUUGAUGCCAUGUUCCGAGAGGCCAAUCAUAACGUCUCUGCGCCUUAUGGACGCAUCACCCUGCACGUCUUCUGGGAGCUAAACUUUGACUUUCUACCUAACUACUGCUACAAUGGCUCCACCAACCGGUUUGUACGGACAGCGAUUCCAUUCACCCAGGAACCACAGAGAGACAAGCCAGCCAAUGUCCAGCCCUAUUACCUCUACGGAUCAAAGCCACUGAACAUUGCCUACAGUCACAUCUACAGCUCCUACCGCAACUUCGUGGGGCCUCCUCAUUUCAAGACAAUCUGCCGGCUCCUAGGCUAUCAAGGGAUCGCAGUGGUGAUGGAGGAGCUGCUGAAGAUCGUCAAAAGCUUGUUACAGGGCACCAUUCUGCAGUAUGUGAAAACAUUGAUAGAGGUGAUGCCCAAGAUAUGCCGCUUGCCAAGACAUGAAUAUGGAUCUCCAGGAAUCUUGGAGUUUUUCCAUCACCAGCUGAAGGACAUCAUUGAGUAUGCAGAGCUGAAGACUGAUGUAUUCCAGAGCCUCAGAGAAGUGGGCAAUGCUAUUCUGUUCUGCCUCCUCAUAGAGCAGGCCCUGUCCCAGGAAGAAGUUUGUGAUUUGCUGCAUGCUGCUCCCUUCCAAAAUAUUUUGCCCAGGGUCUACAUCAAAGAAGGAGAACGCUUGGAAGUACGCAUGAAGCGUCUCGAAGCCAAAUAUGCCCCACUUCACCUGGUUCCCUUAAUAGAGAGGCUGGGAACUCCUCAGCAAAUAGCCAUUGCUCGGGAGGGUGACUUGCUGACCAAGGAGCGGCUGUGCUGUGGGCUCUCCAUGUUCGAGGUGAUCCUGACACGCAUUCGCAGCUACCUGCAGGACCCAAUCUGGCGUGGGCCUCCCCCUACCAACGGAGUCAUGCACGUGGAUGAGUGUGUCGAGUUCCACCGGCUCUGGAGUGCCAUGCAGUUCGUGUACUGCAUCCCCGUGGGGACAAACGAGUUCACUGCUGAGCAAUGCUUUGGAGAUGGUUUGAAUUGGGCAGGCUGCUCCAUCAUUGUUCUCCUCGGGCAGCAGCGGCGCUUCGACCUCUUUGACUUCUGUUACCAUCUGCUGAAGGUGCAGAGACAGGAUGGGAAGGAUGAAAUCAUCAAGAACGUGCCCCUGAAGAAGAUGGCUGAUCGCAUCAGGAAGUAUCAGAUUCUGAACAACGAGAUUUUCGCCAUCCUGAACAAGUACAUGAAGUCUGUGGAAACAGACAGCUCCACAGUUGAGCAUGUACGCUGCUUCCAGCCCCCCAUCCACCAGUCCCUGGCUACCACUUGCUAAGCAGCAAGUGCUAGUGUGGAUAUUAAACCCCUUUGGGAUUAGGGAGGAAGAGUGACUGGAUCAGAACAAGAACUGGGAAGGGGAAACUUGACAGUGUGGCUCUGGCAACAAGAGAGAUUGGGUACACCCGAUACACACAUCUUCCUAUCUGGCCCUGUUUGAGUGCAUGUGCUGUAGCUUCCCUGUGGUCGGCUUUACCUGUAGCUUUGAGACUGGGUGUGGGAGUGGGGCAGGAUGUGCUUUUCUUCCAUGCUGUGGGUUGGGUUUUUUUGGUUUUGUUUUUCUGUGUUACGUCUAGUCGAACCCAAAA